AUGGCAAAAAUAACCGUGAAUCCUUCUCUGAAAACGAUUAUUGAUCAAAAAGUUGAUAUAUUUGUGAGUAACCUUUCUUCACAUCAAGAUAUUACCUUGCGAGCUCGAGCCAUCGAUGACAGCGAGACAGCGUUUGAAUCAUUCGCUUUCUACAAAGCUGACGAGAACGGAGAAGUAUCGUUGGUUUCUCAACCCUCGCUUGGAGGAUCAUAUACCGGUGUAGAACCCAUGAGGUUAUUUUGGAGCAUGGAACCCGUGGAAGGAACCGACCGAGACGAUAUGCUGAGAAAACGAGAUGUUUCAAAACCCCUGAAAGUUUCCUUAGAUGUCUGCAGCGGUAUACGUACUGGUGGGAACAAUUCUGGGUCGCUUGAAGAAAAUAACAAACUGGCGAGCGUGACACUACUACGAAGUUACAUGAGCGAUAGAGUGACCCGACAUGUUGUAGAGAAUGGUGGAUUUUAUGGCACUUUCUUCGUUCCCUCGGGAGAUGGACUCUUCCCAGAUAUUAGUGCACCUUUCCACUACGAAUAAAUAGACGAUAAUGAAUAUUCUGAAAGCAGACAAAUUUGGACCCUUAAGACUUUUCUUACAUAAACCCUUCGGAAGUAACUUUUCAAAGGAGAAGCACCGACUCCCCUGUAUACCGUAUAUGAACGUGACAAUACAAAGAGGUCAUGCUGUUGCGUUACAAUUAUCGCUGCUACGUAACGGACAGUACAAGCAGAUGUCCAGCGGCUAGUUACUUUGACAAUAACAAUGUUCAACCUCGUCCCCAGGGCUUUUCCCUUAAAAAAUGGGUGCCUUUUCCCGCCCCACCUAGUUUUUAAGGGAAAAGCCCUGGGGACGAGGUUGUAACAAUGUUCUGAGUAACCCUGUCUCCUUAUCAAAUCAGACCUGGUGCACAAGCAUUUUCAUGAAAAUGAAUUUAAUUCGCAUGUGAAUGAAAAUAAUUUUAAUAUAACGAGAAUUGGCUUUGAAAACGAGGCUUAAGGCCAGGCCUUGUAGCAAAACGCAGUCUUCGUUCCGUCACUGAUAUUCGAGUCCUCUUCUGCGCUUUAUUGCGAUCAAGUCCAUCGUACAUGUAUGACAACGAAGAAGGCAUCCAAAUUUUGGCUGUGGCUUAUGAAGGCAUUCGAAGUCGAGGUAUCUGAGAGCAUUGCCAUUUGAUAUCGCUUUAGGAGUUUUUAAGGGGCAUUUUUUGUCCACUCCCUGCGGUCUUUUUAUUCCCUAAAGCGCCAGUCACUGUCUGCUACAGUUGUAGCAAGUGUCGCAGCGCCGUGAUCUUUAUUCUAGGCCGCCAACGGACUUAAUGAAUUACUAGAGGUGUGUUUCGAAUUUCCCUUCAACCUAAUUUGCCAAAUGAACAAUGGCUUAUUUAUCAGGCUAACCAUGGCGCGUACUCACAUCCUGGUAUACAGGCGAGGCCCGGAAACCGGGAUUUCGGCGUUGGUUCGCAUACGGACUAGAUGUUCAGUUUCAUCUAUGGCGCUGUUGACACUUGCCGGCAACUGUCGAAGGAAUUUACUUGGCGUGGAACGCCCCUAAGUAAUAAGAUAUAUUGUUAUAUGGCUGGAAACUUUUUGCUAACAGUGCGCGCUCUCAUACUUCGAGGUCACAUGGCAUCUAACAAUGAAACUGAUUCCCGCCAAAAUCUAUGAGCUGGCAACAGUCAGAGGGUAACAGUGCACUGUUACCCGCGAAUGUUGACCUACGACCCCCGUUACAGUGAGGUUUAAUGAAUUUCCAGCUUCCAAAAUUUCGAAUCUUCAUGUUUUUGAGAGUAUCGGGAAACAAAGAUAACUGUUUCCCGAGGGAGGAGUCAUUAAGUGUAUUUAUUAUAUGGCAACAAUAGUACGCGCGCUCUGAUUGGCUGUUUUCUUGUAAUGACCAGGCAUUACUAGCUAGGUGUCCAGGGCAUAUACCAUCUGUGUUUAACUUGAUAGUGGACAUCGUCUUGGACAUCCAUGUUAUGGUUAAUUGACAGCUGGCAAAAAUGGUAUCCGCUGACCAGUGUCACCUGACUGUAUCGCAGGCUCGAGUGUACAACUCAUUUAGGUGACAUGUUUUUUAAAGUCGUCCGCUGACCAGUUGUUGGUUUUAACUGAUCGCAAGCUCAGGUCCAUAUUGAAAAGUCCAUACAGUGGAACCUCGAUAUAAUGAAGUGCCAAGGGACUGGCAAAAUGUGUUCGCUGUAACGAGGUUUCGUUAUAUCGAGGGACUUUUUCAUAUAUUUUCCUAUUACUGGGGUACAGUAUGUUGCCCAGUAUCCGGACACUUCAGUUUAAGAUUGCAAUAACUUUCCUUUCUUAAUCGCAAGAGCUCUGAAAUUUGGCCCAGAGAAAAUCUAUUUAGUCCUUAAUAUGACGAAAGACAGUUUAACUUUUUUGCCUUUGUUUCCAUCGCGAAAUUAAUAUUUUUGCAGAGCUCCUAUGUUGCCCAGUAUCCGGACACAACAAUAACAACGAAAUUGUACAUAAAUUUCGACGGGCAAGCGACUUAUAAGCUUCUCUUGCACUUGUAAAGUAGUCUGGCAAUCGAUUCCAAAAAUAUAACCUAGCAUCGUGAAAUAAAACAUAACAAAUGACUGGAGUAUGGUGGGGAACGCGUGCGGCUGUUUUAAAAGUCGUAUAAUUCUUACUUCCUUGUCUAGGAACUUUUUCACUGAUUUAGGGAAGGCAUCCGUGGACAUGCCGAAGCCGCAGUUUGUAAGCUCAAUUAGCCAAUCUGCAAACGACUUUUCUCAUUUCUUAUUUUAAAAAAAGCUUGGGGAAGGGACCUCAAUCGGACGGUCAAAGGUCACUCACCUAUUUAGUCUGACCUGCAGUGUUGAUUUCUUCAUGCUCAGUCCCCACAAUAAGCCUGCUUUUCUGGCGCUAAUUCAGGCCCAUAAGCAGGGGGGGUGCACGUGGUGCGUUCGCACCCCCUACAGGCCCCAAAGGUCCGCAUUUUGAUACUAAAUAUCCAAGUUAUGGAGUGCAGUUUCAAACUGGCUGCAUACAUAUAACAGGGCAUGCAUGGGCCAGGAAAGGCUGUCGUCCCCCGCACUAAUGCACAUACAUUAUCAAGUUAAAAUUGUUUUGGAUGAGGUGGUAAAUCUGUUUGCCACCAAACACCCACACGGAGGCUGGAGCUCGGGACUAUUCUGAGGGAUUAGUUCCACAGUAUUUUGAUGUACCAUUUUACAUCGUAUAAAUUUCUCCUUUAUAACUUAAUUCAAACAGUUGUAUUCGAUAAAUGUAAUAUUCAGUUCCUACUGUGUACUUUGCCGUUACAAUUUUUCAUGUAUUGCUACUUUCCUAAAUAAACGGAUCAGACAAUAUAAAAUACAUUUCGGUAGUUUGGUCCACUUUGGCCUCGUUAGCACCCCCCCCCCAUAUAAAAUCCUGGUUACGGGCCUGUAAUUCCUCCUUCUUUCACAUCUCUCAAUCCCUUUGGGACAUUUUUCAGACCGUUGCAACCCCAUUCUAGUAGUCACAACUGGGGAAAGUAUGAGAAUUCCUGGUUCAACUCAGAUGCUUUCGGUUAUAUAUAGAAAAUGCAGUCACGCGAAACGAGCCGUGAGCACGAAAUCAAGUCGCCUCUGAAUGAGUGAAGAAAAUUUCCAUACGGAGUUGAGUAGAAUUACAUCUCACGACUAUAUCAUAUAUCCUAAGCUUUAAUUAUAGUUACUGAUAUGAAAUAAAUCUUAUCCGGAUAAUGUACACAGCUAAAUCAUCGAUUCUGUACAGCAAAGAAAAAACUGUCCGGAUACUGGGCACCUAACAUCAAUACUUAGUGAAUGUUUCUGGCCUCCGUUAUUCCAAAAAAAUCGAAUUUAAGAAGAAUUAAUAAACUUUCUGAAAACCUGACUUCCUUAAGUAUCUUCACUUUGAAAGUAAAUCAGCUUCUUUGAAAAUAUCGCGCAUUACCCUCCCUUUUCUGAGCAGCACUAAUUUUACUGCGCAGUAAACAGCGUAAAUAUUAGCCAUGAAAAGUAUACUCACCUGAACAGAACGGCGUCUUCUGCGACUGUCUCGCAAGCUUUCAAAUCGCCAAAACGUUCAUCUUAAAGCUGAAAUGUUCAGCUUUCAUUCGAAAUACGUCGUUUACCGAGAACUGAAAAGGGCGCCUCAAAAAUUAAGAUUUUGUUUCAAGUGUCCGGAUACUGGUACCGUCCGGAUACUGGGCAACAUACUGUAAACAAAGUCGUUCGUUGACCUAACCUAACUUACCUAAUAUACCUAACAUACUUAACAUACCUAUCCUAACUCACCUAACAUACCUAACCUAACUUCUAACUUCGCUGGAAGUUCGUUAUAUCCAGGUUCCUCUGUAUAAUAAAUAACUUAUAACCUCUUCCGUUCGGUCAUUUCAGGGAAAUCUUAGAAAUCGGCCUUGAUGUAUUGACCUCGCCAUCCCUCGGUCAAUGCACAUCAAGGCCUCGCACAGAUAUUUCCCUAUAGUUACCUCACGCUCAAUUAAUAAGCAGUAUAAUCUAAUGCUAUCUUUCUUCGUAGCUGUUAUCGAUAUAUGGGGGUUCACAGGUGGCUUAAGAGAGGACCGAGCAGCGCUGUUAGCAGCAAAUGGUUUUGCAGUCUUGGCGUUAGCGUACUGUGCAUUCAAAGACCUUCCUGAAAGGUAUGGCUUGCUUCAUGUAUCCUAUUUUGAGAGCGCAAUUGACUGGCUUACCUCACAACCGAAGGUGAAGUCUGGUGGAGUUGGCCUGGUUGGCCUGUCUAAUGGAGGCACAUUAGCGCUAGCACUUGCUGCUCAGCUAGGACACAAAGUCAAAGCAGUGGUCUCUAUUUCAGGAUACCCCAUGCUAAUUGGAUGUUCAUUGGCAAGUCAUACCAUGACUAUACCUGGUUAUCCUGUUGAUCUUGAGCCCUCAAAAGGUUCUUGCUAUUCCCAAUUCUUGGCUAUAUUUGCAAGUAAAGAUAUUUGCAAAAUAGGAUCGCCAUGGACAAUUCCGGUGGAGCACAUAUGCUGCCCCGUUCUACUUGUUUAUGGCCAUGCUGAUCAACUCGUCCCUGAUAUAGAAUGGAUGUGCGAGGAAAUCUUUCGACGCAUGCAACGAAAUGGCAAGGAAUCAUUAUGCCAAAAGCUUGGUCUUCCUGGUGCCAGCCAUUUUAUUACACCAUGCUAUAUCCCACCCUGUUCAAGGAAAUAUAUCAAAGUAUUCGAUGAAAUGUGGUUAAUUGGAGGAAAUGAUAAGCCUUUGUUCGCCAAGUCUUCUAAACAAUACUGGAAUAAAAGUCUAGAGUUUCUCUUUAAGUAUAUUUAA